GACAGAAGAAAGUCUUCAGACAACAUGGAUAGAGUGUUUCUCUCUCUCGUCCUUCUUGUAGGAGUGGCAAGUGCCAAGAAUCUAGGAAUCGUGGACGGUAAACCGGCUGAAGAGGGUCAGUUUCCUUGGCAAGUGUCGCUUCAGGUGCUCGUACCAGGCCUGGGCUGGGCUCACGUCUGUGGUGGAUCGCUCAUUUCUAAAAAUAGAGUCCUGACUGCAGCACAUUGCUAUGAUUCAUCAUUGCAUCCUGAUUAUAAUCCUGAGCUAGUGGCCACACCCAAUGAUAUAGCCGUACUAAAACUAGCAACAGAUGCUAAUACUGAUAUACCACAGAUUGGGACCAUACCAUUAGCUGAUGUUGAAGACGAUUUCACUGGAGAGGAGUGUACUAUUAGUGGCUGGGGAAGAACUGGAGGAGACCAACCAAUUUCCAAUGAACUGAUGUUUGUCGACAUGCAGCAGAUCUCGAACGCCUUAUGUGCAUGGAUCUGGGGUGCUUUGAAUAUCUUUGAUGAGAUGAUUUGUAUUUAUGAUCCGCCCAAGUCAUCGUGUAAUGGAGAUAGUGGUGGACCAAUGGUAUGUUCUGGUAAAUUAGCGGGUGUGACGUCAUGGGGUCAAGUAGGCUGCCCCGGAAGUACUCCCAGUGUGUAUACUCGAGUAUCAUCAUUUAUAGAAUGGAUAAAAGAACAAUAAACUGUUUUAAAACUGAAA